GUCUCUCUUUCUUUUACACACACUCUCUCUCUCUUUUACACUCUCUCACUCUCUCUUUUACACUCUCUCUCUCCCCCCUCUCUCUCAACCUCUCUCUUUUACUCUCUCUCUCUCUUUUAAACUCUCUCUCCCCCUCUCUCUCUCCCUCUCUCUCUCUCUCUCUCUCUCUCUCUUUACACCCCUCCCUCAUUCUCUGAUGCUAAACAGAUUACAGAGGAUUCGCUUAUUUAAAGACUUCGUCCAAAACUCAUGUGUCUUACAAAUCUCACCUACACAAGCUCGGAGAUCAGUCCUUCUGAACUCCACAGAUCAUCUGCAGAGCUUCAGAGCCUCAGAGCUCCUUUAGAUUCUAGUUUUUAGGUUGGGAGCCCCAGCGAGAGCUCCACACACACCGGCCUCCAAGCUGUCUCUGCGUCUGCUCCCUGCCAUCAUCGUGGACAACGACGAGGACGACGAUGGAAACUUCACCAAAUGGAUGAGCAGCUACUGGGGACACGGAGGCAGAGACGAGCGGGCUAAAGAGCGCAAGAGGAGCUUCAGGAGGUUCAGACACUCCACAGGCGACCGCCGAGCUUCACUGCCCUGCAUGUCCCAGCUGGAGGCCAUGCGUCUGAAACAUCCUUCGACUCCCACUCACUUCCAGAGCCAUGAGGAGCAGAAGGAGGUGCGGUCACACCCUCACGCUCGCCGCGUCUCAUCAGACGAAUACAGAGGCAGUAAAGCUGGAGGAGUAGAGAGUCGCAUCAGCACCGUCCCCGAGCUGACGGAGUCCUUCAAGAGGAUGCUGCGCUUCCGCAACCACAGAGUCCCGUCACUGAAUGAUUCGGAUAACAUGUGUCUGAUCUGCCAUGAAGAAACGCUCAGGAGAGGUGGAGAAACAGGAAGAGGAGGCCAAGAACAUCACUGUUCCCACCACUUCCAUAAAGAGGUGAGGACACUGGAGCAGGGUGUGCGUCCACGUAGCCGGAGUUCUGCUGCUGUGUGUGAAAACAGGAAGGAAGUACCAUUCUGCAGCGAACAGGAAGAAUACCGCCCUCCCCACCAACGCCGGUCUCUGCGCAGACAACGCUGAGACACACCGAGCAUUUCAAUCACUCGAGUAUUACAAAAUUUUUUAGCAAAAAUCUUUCCUUCCUUGUUUUUUUUUUUUAGGGUUUUUUUCUCCCACCUUCCUUAUACGGGCAAAGAUUCCUAUUCUUGUUUCCUGUUGCCGUGCCACUUAAUUAGACUAAUUAGACUAAUUAAGUCAGGGAUCGAUUAGAGGCAGGAUCUCAGCUACAUUCCUGGUAUAGGGGGAAAAAAAUGGAAAAAAGGUCCGCAUUUUCUAUCCCAGUUUUCUUCAUGUUUAAAGGUGAGUGCUUGUGUUUAAACGCAGGGGUUUAGACGUUACGGAGACGUUACAGAAACGUUCUCUGCGUAAACUACAUGAACUACAUGAAGCUGAUUUUAACGAUAUGAAUGCCGCGCCCUGAAAAUCGACUUAAGCUGUUGCGUAACACGACUCUGAAUACGCGCAACUUUCUCCAUGCAAAUAUUAACAUGAUCUUUGGAGUCAAGUAGCCAACUCCGCAAAUGCAGCAUUUUCAUGCAAUAAAUUCUGCAGAUUAAUAGGCAAGUAUUCGUGCUUUGUAACCAAAUAUAUGUAUAUACAUGUAUACAAGGGCCUUCUAUGGUUAUUGUUAAAUCUGGACAUACAAACGCCAUAUGAUGGGAUUUAUAUAAAAUAUUACAGUUAGAUUUUUGGAUCAUGUAAAAAAUCAUUCGAAUCAUUUUCUACUUAUCCUCAUAACGAAUUUCAGUCUCCUUCUUCUUCUCUUGCUCUUUUAUACAGCUUCUUUUUCUCCUGACUAUUAAUAAACCUGCUGCCUCUUAACAUCACGUCAACAAGGGUUGAAAUUUAUGUAAAUUUUUUUUUGUAUACAAUUACAGCAUCUAAUACUGUACCGAUUGUACAUAAUUAUACUAAAUGGGAUUGUGUUCUUUUCUAAAUAUUCAUAGGUUCAUUUGUAUAUAUUGUUUGUGAUACCUUGAAUGGUGCCAGCUUGCUGAUUUAACCCUUUUCUCUACAAUAUAUUUUAACUCAUUGUUUCUUUUUACACAACCACUUGUUCAUUGAGAAAUAAAAGAGUUAAAACUAAGAG